AUAGGCAAACUAUAAGUUUUUUAAUGUCCAUCCAACAAUUCGAAAAAUUCCCCAAUUCCCUUCUUUUCAAAUUUCAAGUUGUAUGUAAAACCAAACAAAUUCCCCCAUUCCUUGUCCCAUCAUUUUCAAUUCUGGUUUUUUUGUUUUUCAAAACUUCCACUCUUUUCCCUCACUCACUCCCCUACCCGCAGAUCUAGCAUUCCUUUCCAUCACUCAAAAUCACUUCACAUUUUCCUUUCAAUUCACUCCACAUUCCCACCAUGAAGAACACAAAACCCCAUUCCCAAACACCAUCUCCAUCACCAUCAAGAUCUUCAUCUUCAUCAUCCUCUGUAUCCUCCCACCUCGCAAUGGUGGAACUCAAGCACAAGAUCCUAACCUCCCUCUCCAAACUCGCUGACCGCGACACCCACCAGAUCGCCGUCGAAGACCUCGAAAAAACCAUCCAAACCCUCUCCCCUGAUGCCAUCCCCAUGUUCCUCAACUGCCUCUACGACGCCUCCUCCGACCCCAAACCCCCCGUCAAAAACGAAUCCCUCCGCCUCCUCGCCGCCGUAUGCUCCGCCCACCCCCACUUCGCGGCUCCCCACCUCUCCAAGAUCAUCUCCCACCUGCUUCGCCGCCUCAAGGACCCUGACUCCGCCGCACGCGACGCCUGCCGCAACGCUGUUGGUGCCCUCUCCGCACUCUACCUCCGCAAUGGUGGUGGUGGGGAUGCCGGUGGCGGCUCGCUUGUGGGGCUGUUUGUGAAGCCGUUGUUUGAGGCCAUGUCCGAGCAGAAUAAGAUUGUGCAGGCUGGUGCUGCGGCUUGCAUGGCCAAGAUUAUAGACUGCGCUUCUGGCAAUGGGGAGGGUGAUGGUGGGGUUGCGCCGGUGGCGGCGUUCCAGAAGCUAUGCCCCAGGAUCUGUAAGCUGCUCGCCAGCCCCAAUUUGUUGGCUAAGGCUGCACUCUUGCCUGUGGUUGCUGGAUUGUCUCAGGUUGGAGCAAUUGCACCCCAAAGCUUGGAACAUUUGCUACCUAGCAUUCAUGAGUGCCUUACCAGUAGUGAUUGGGCAACACGUAAAGCAGCAGCUGAGGCAUUAAGUUCCUUGGCUUUGCAUUCAAGCAGCUUGGUUACUGAUAAAACGGGGCCCACACUAGCAGCACUUGAGGCCUGCCGGUUUGACAAGAUAAAACUUGUGAGAGAUAGCAUGACAGAGGCAUUGCAAUUGUGGAAAAAGAUUGUAGGGAAAGGAGAUGGAUCUCCUCAAGAUGGUGGGAAUCCUGAACCAGCUGUUUCGUCAGAAACAAGUGACCUGAAAAAAGUGAAUCUUGAAGAGAGGAAGUCUGAUCCAUCAGUAAAGGAGCCAUCAACUAGUUCUUCAAACACAGAUUUGACUACUAAAGCCAAACCGGCUGGCAUCUCAGAGAAGGCAGUGGUAAUAUUAAAAAAGAAAGCUCCUGUCUUGAGCGAUAAAGAACUAAACCCAGAGUUUUUCCAAAAACUUGAAAAAAGGGGCUCAGAUGAUUUACCAGUGGAAGUAGUUGUUCCUCGUAGAUGCCUCAAUUCUUCAAGCUCAAACAAUGAGGAAGAAUCAGAGGCAAGUGCAAAAGAUUCAAAAGAAAGAAGAACUUCCAUUGGAAACAUCCCAAAUGAUGAUUCCAAACAAAGAGGCAAUGAUGGAAAUUCCAAACUUAGGAAUUAUGAUGAUUUUACCCAUGCCCAUGACAGAUACUCAGAAAAAAGAGCAAAUGCAAAAGAACUGAGGAUGAAAGCAAAUGAUACUGAUGACAGGAUUGAAAAUGAUCAGAGCUCUGCCAAUCUUGCAGGUUUUUCUAAAACUGAUGGUCAAUCAGAAGUCUCCUUCUCCAAUAACAGAGGAAACUGGGUGGCCAUCCAGAGGCAGUUAAUGCAGAUGGAAAGGCAACAAGUUCAUCUGAUGAACAUGCUGCAGGAUUUCAUGGGUGGAUCUCAUGAUAGCAUGGUGACUCUAGAAAACAGAGUACGGGGUCUUGAGAGAAUUGUUGAAGACAUGUCUAGAGAUUUAUCCAUAUCAUCAGGUCGUAGAGGUAAUAACUUUACUGGGUUUGAAGGAUCAUCAAGUAGGCCUUCUAGCAAGUACAAUGGUUUUAAUGAUUACUCCAGUGCUAAGUAUGGAAGAGGUGGUGAUGGGCGUAUCCAAUUUGGUGAAAGAUUUGCCCAGUCUGAUGGAAAUGCUUUAGGAAUGAGGGGAAGAGGACCAUCUUGGAGAUCUGACAUGUCUGAUGGAUGGGAUUUUUCUGGGUAUGGUGCUUCUAGAAAUGGCCAGAUUUCCUCAAGGAGGGCUUUUACUGGUAGUUCUGCUGAUGGAAGAUCACCAAAGUCAGCCCAUGAGAGUGAUCAAGGGGGCAGCAGGAGAGCUUGGGAGAAAGCAGCAAUGCCCAUCCGGCUAGGUGAGGGGCCCUCUGCAAGAAGUGUCUGGCAAGCUUCUAAGGAUGAAGCUACCUUGGAAGCAAUUCGAAUUGCUGGUGAAGACAAUGGAACAUCUAGAGCAACAAGAGUAGCAAUCCCUGAAAUGACUGCAGAAGCUAUGACUGAUGACAAUGUUGGCAAAGAUAGGGAAGCCAUCUGGACUUCUUGGAGUAAUGCAAUGGAUGCCCUUCAAGCAGGUGAUGUAGAUUCUGCUUUUGCAGAAGUGUCGUCCACUGGAGAUGAUCUUUUGCUCUUAAAACUGAUGGAUAGAACGGGCCCGGUAAUUGACCAACUUUCAAAUGAGGUUGCAUGUGAGGUCUUGUAUACCAUUGGGCAAUUCUUACUGGAGCCGAACCUGUAUGGCAUCUGCUUGUCUUGGAUUCAACAGUUGUUGGAGAUAGUAUUGGAAAAUGGCCCUGAUACUUUUGGCGUUUCCUUGGAAGUGAAGAAAGACCUCUUGCUGAAUUUACAUGAAGCUUCAACAGAUACAACUGAGGACUGGGAAGGUGUUCCACCACAUCAGCUUUUAUUGCAGUUGGCGUCAGCAUGGGAAAUUGAUUUACAACAGCAUGACAAAUAGUUUGUUUAGUACAAAUUAUGCUAGUUUUAGACUCUCAUAUGUUGGAUUUUUGAUUGGGGGUGAUACCCUUUGAUUGUUCUGAUUUUCUACUUGGAUGGUAUUUAGUGUAGGGUUUGAAAUAUAUAUCAUUUCCAGGUCUUAAGCCUUCACACAAAUUCAUGCUCCUUUUUCUCUGCUGCAUCUUGGUUCAUCAAGCGUCCAACUAGGCUGCUUAAAAACAUUGUGCAAAUUGAGAUUAAUGAACAAAUCUUCCUUGUAAUUAUUAUAUGUAAUUUGUUCUCGAUCACUA